GCCUGCCCCACAAGUAAAACACUAUCAUAUUAAGGCAAAACCAUCGGGAGAAUACUGUUUAUCAGAAAAACAUUUUUUUUCAACCAUCAGUGACCUUAUUUUUUAUCAUAAGCACAACAGUGCUGGUUUAGCGACUAGACUUAAACAACCUCCAAGUAGCCCAACACGUGCCACACCCACUACUGCUGGCCUAAGCCAUGGACUUGGCAGUGGGCAGUUUGGAGUUGUGAGGAGAGGAAAGUGGCGAGGCAGCUUUGAUGUAGCAGUGAAGAUGAUGAAAGAGGGAAGCAUGUCUGAAGAUGACUUUAUUGAUGAAGCUAAAGUAAUGACCAAACUACAGCAUCCAAACUUAGUGCAACUUUAUGGAGUGUGCAGCAAACAUAGGCCUAUUUUCAUUGUAACUGAGUACAUGAAGCAUGGAUCUUUGUUAAGUUAUCUGCGAAAAAAUGACCAGAGGCUAUUCCAGAAACCAUCUGUUCUGCUAGAUAUCUGCCUUCAAGUGUGUAGUGGAAUGGCACAUUUAGAAGAGCACAACUACAUUCAUAGAGAUCUAGCAGCACGGAACUGUCUGGUUGGGGAUGGUAAUGUUGUUAAAGUGGCAGAUUUUGGUUUAACCAGGUGAUGUAUUGUUUGCUCUUCUAAAACUAUUUGUAGUCAUGUUAAUCCAUGAUUUUUUUAUUACUGUUUCUGCUUACCAAGCUUGUCAGAUACUUGUCUUCCUGUCGGACUGGUCAAAUUAAAAUUCCUUUUCAUUUCUUCUUCUUAUAGUUCACAAAAUAUGUUUUGGCUACUUAAUAUUCAUUUUAUUGAUAUUUGUUAUUUUUUAAUAGUACUGUAAUGAAAUCAGGGUUGCCAGAUUGGUAGUAAAACCCCCAUUUGUAUGGGGAAGUCAAACCCAUGAGGGAAGGAAAAUCAAAUAGGGGCUAAUGCUAAACAUGUGGGGGGUUUCAGUUUCUCUCUAGUUUUCUUCCAUUGUGUUUUCAUGAUUGUUUAAAAUGUUAAUUGUGCCUUCUGAUAAUAAUGGGCUACCUUAUUAGCCACUAAUACCUGCCAUUUAUAGACUACCCUAUUAGCCACUAAUACCUGCCAUUUAUAGACUACCCUAUUAGCCACUAAUACCUGCCAUUUAUAGACUACCCUAUUAGCCACUAAUACCUGCCAUUUAUAGACUACCCUAUUAGCCACUAAUAUCUGCCAUUUA